CAAAGCCUUAAGAUAACAACAUGAAGUAUCUAGUGAUUUUCGCCGCAGCCUGCGUAUGUGUACAAGCUGCAAUUUUGCCACAGAUAACAUUAACGGGUUCGUUGGAAUCCAGUGAGGAGGAGUACAGCAUUCUGUUGCCCGCUAAAAAUCCGCUCAACUUGCCGGGUGUUGGUGUCAUCAAUCAGCCAGUGGUGCAAGCGGUCAAGGUGAAAGUGCCACGCUACGUCACGCCUGAAAUCAAGCAGCAAAUUAUCACGCAAACGUUGGCGGCAAGAGGCAUCAACCUGCAAAGCUUAGGCACACAACCCAAGCCUACGGAUGCCGUGCCACGUCCACAACGUCAAGUGGCUGCUAAGGGCGCAACAGCCAGUAGUGUUGCGGCUGCUGUUGAUUCACUAACCGUUGCUGUUAAUCCCGUUGAAGGCGGCAAAGAGACAACGCUACCAAUUACACCAGAUGUACCUGCCGUGUUGGCAGUGGAUAGGCAGGCCGUUCCACAGGUAUCAACUCUCCCAGCAGUGCCGGUAGUGUCAGAUGUAGUAAGCGUAACCAAGGCACCCGUCGUGGUUCCUCCCGUAGCUGUGUCAAAACAAUAAAUCAGCAUUUCGUUCUUUCUUAAAGCUUUUGUAAGAAAUUUAAAAAGCCAGCAUUCGA